AUGAAAUUCAUGAAAAGUGUGCAAGCAGCUGCUGCCCUAAGUGGCAUCAUUGCUCCCAAAGAUCUCAAUGUUGACAGCCAAAGCUCUAUCCGCAAUGUUGCUGCUACCAUUGCCUACGAGACCAUGAGUUACUACUCGGGAAACACUACGGACCCCAAGUCAAGGGACUUUGGCAAUCUUAAGCAGCCAUACUACUGGUGGGUAGCUGGUGCUCUUUGGGGUGCCUUGCUAGAUUACUACCAUGUCACCACUGAUCCCAGCUACAACGAUGUAGUCCUCCAGGCUCUUCUGGCUCCUACCAACCUUGGCCCUAACAAAAACUAUAUGCCUCCAGAGCACGCUGACGAGGAGGGCAACGACGACUUGUUCUUCUGGGGCUCUGCCGUGCUCUCUGCCGCUGAGCGUAACUUCCCACAGCCAAAGUCGGAGCUUCCCUCCUGGCUCGACAUAUCUGCCAAUGUAUUCGGCCAGCUUGUCGGACGCUGGGACACCAAGUACUGUAACGGCGGCCUUUUCUGGCAGAUUCUUCCUAGCAAUCCCAAUGGUAUGAAGUAUAAAAACUCCGUUAGCAACGGUGGCUUUUUUCAGCUUGCUGCACGCAUGGCUCGGGCAACAGGCAAUACUACUUACCUGGAAUGGGCUGAGAAGAUCUGGGACUGGAACGCCGAAGUUGGAUUCAUUGACAAGGACACUUAUCGCAUCUAUGACGGCGCCGGCAUCGACACCAACUGCAAGACGACCAACAAGAAGUCAUUUUCCUAUACUACCGGCAUCUUUCUCUACGGCGCUGCCAUCAUGGCUGAACAGACUGGAGACGCCAAGUGGACGCAGCGCACGGAAAAGCUCCUCGACGAGGCGGGCAAAUACUUCUUCACCGGCAAAGACAAGAACAUCAUGUGGGAGACCGAGUGCGAACCCAAGGGCACCUGUAACUAUGACAUGAUCACUUUCAAAGGCUACCUCUCCCGCUUCAUGUGGCAGACUUCACAGAUCAUGCCCUCGCUGCGCCAGAAGAUCGAGAAUCUGCUCAUCCCAACUGCCAAGGCAGCCGUAGCUACUUGCACCGGCGGUAAGAGUGGCCACCAAUGCGGCAUGAAGUGGUAUGUCGGCGGCUUCGAUCAGGUGGCCACGCUAGGUGGACAGAUGUGUGCUCUUGAAGUCGUGCAAGGCCUUCUCAUCAAGGAUGCGCCUGCACCUCUCAAAGCCAAGGACAUCAAGUGGAACAAGGACGCCACGUUCAAGCCCAUCAACACGUAUGCCAACGACCUUGGAAGUACCAGCAAACGGGACAUCUCGCCACCUACUUCGCAAGCUCCUACACAGGCGGCUCCCAGUGGCAAGGAACCUGUCAAGAGUGAGGCAACCGGUGUCCUUGGAACCAAAUGGGCUUUUGUUGCAGUGGCAUUUGGUAGUGUUCUUGCAGUUUGGGGGUUGGCAUAA